AUGGGAAAGGAAAAGACUCAUAUCAACAUUGUCGUCAUUGGACACGUAGAUUCAGGCAAGUCCACCAUUACUGGCCAUCUGAUCUAUAAAUGCAGUAGCAUCGACAAAAGAACCAUUGAAAAAUUUGAGAAGGAGGCUGCUGAGAUGGGAAAGGGCUCCUUCAAGUAUGCCUGGGUCUUGGAUAAACGGAAAGCUGAGCGUGAACAUGGUAUCACCAUUGAUAUCUCCUUGUGGAAAUUUGAGACCAGCAAGUACUAUGUGACUAUCAUUGAUGCUCCAGGACACAGAGACUUCAUCAAAAACAUGGUUACAGGGACAUCUCAGGCUGACUGUGCUGUCCUGAUUGUUGCUGCUGGUGUUGGUGAAUUUGAAGCUGGUAUCUCUAAGAAUGGGCAGACCUGAGAGCAUGCCCUUCUGGCUUACACACUGGGUGUGAAACAACUAAUUGUUGGUGUUAACAAAAUGGAUUCCACUGAGCCACCCUACAGCCAGAAGAGAUAUGAGGAAAUUGUUAAGGAAGUCAGCACUUACAUUAAGAAAA